AUGCCUGGUAAGAAAUCUUACAACUGUUGUAAUUGUCCACGCGUGGUACGACAGAAAGACAGAUACAGCAUUGCAAGAAAAUACAGAGUCGUUAUCUCCAAACUAUCUGGGAGAACACCAGGUGACGAUGACUUCCUAUGCAACAGAUGUAGGUGCAUGUGUGCACGUCACAUAAAACGCAAAGGUCAUAGCAUGGCGAGCACGACAGAUUGUCAAGGUGAAUCCGCACCAUCAACAUCAUCUACAACUUUAACACCUCAGUUCAGUCCACCAUCAGUAACUCUUCCUUUUCCUUGCACAUCAAGAGGACAUGCUGCAUGUUGCAUCUGCAAAAGGCCAGGACCAAAGCUAGUUGUGGUUCCAGUGGGAUUUCGUCAUCGAAUCUUUAUCACCAAAGAAGUCAUAAUUCCUGCUGGAGCUCGUUGCUGCCCAAAACACCUGCAGAGAGACAUUGAAAGUUUGAACCCAACAGCGAGAACAACAAAGUUCAAUAAAACUUCAAUAACUGAGCUGAUCAAGUUCUUAAGAACUGAGAUUAUACGAAGUGAGAAAGCAAGGCUAGAUUUUGACAGUGAAAAUCUUACAGACACUGAAUAUGUAGAUCUCCUGGGGAUAUCAAAAGCUUCUUUCAAUGACAUGAUGCUGUUUAUCGAAGGGAAAAUCAAAAUAACUCCUGCUAGAACUACCAGAACCAGCCUUGCAAUCUUUUUGCUAAAAUUGAGAGGAGGGGAGUCAAACAAGAUUUUGUCCACAUUGUUUAAUAUUUCCAAAUCCAGUAUACAAAGAAGUGUGCGAGCUGUCCGCAAUAUAUUGAUGACUGGAGGUUUUGUCACAGAAAACCUUGGAUUUGGUCACAUAACGCGAGAGGAGAUAAUCAAUAAGCAUACGCGACCCCUUGCCCAGACACUUUUUGGUGAUGACACAACUCAGCAAGCCAUACUUAUAUUGGAUGGGACGUACAUCUACAUCAACAAAAGUGGUAAUUUUAGAUUUCAACGUCAAUCCUACAGUCUCCACAAAGGCAGGCCACUUGUGAAACCUAUGGUCAUUGUGUCAUCGACAGGCUACUUUGUUUCUGUAUUAGGCCCUUAUAUUGCAAAAAACAAUGAUGCCUCCAUACUCAACCACAUUUUGAAAAGAAAUAUCGAUGACAUACAGGGAUGGGUUUGCGAGGAUGAUGUAUUUGUGGUGGACCGUGGUUUCAGAGACUCCUUGGAUUACUUGGAGGAACUAGGUAUCAAGGCACAGAUGCCAUCCUUUAUGGCUCAUGGAGACAGGCAGAUGUCAACUGAAAGUGCAAAUAUUAGUCGAUUAGUGACAAAGAUAAGAUGGGUGGUUGAGUCAGCGAAUGGUAGGAUAAAGCAAUGGCGUUACCUUGGGAAAAUCCUGCCAACGAGCCAGGUUCCGUACAUUGGAGAUUUUGUUAGGAUUGUUUGUGCCAUCAGUAACAGGUACUUGAAAAGUAUUUCUAAUGGUAAUGCUGAAGAUGACCAGAUCCUUGGUACAAAAAUGAUUUACUUAUCAAAGCAAAUCAACACCCUUCGGCAGCAUGUUGAAGAAAACAAAUUGGAAAGACGAUCAGCUUGUUGGGAGGAAAUGGAUGAUAUCACUGACUUUCCAAACCUGGAUGAAGAGCAACUGAGGUCUCUGACAUGUGGCACGUACCAGCUGAAAUUAUCCCCAAGCUAUGCCCAGGAACAUAUUGAAGGAGAUUGUGCCAUUCAUGUCCACAAGGAGGAGCCAGGUCUAGUACGAAUCAGAAUGCAGAGUCGUCAUGUGUCAUCCAGGUCCUACCUUCUGUGGAUAAAGUAUGCAGAGGGUGCAAUAAUUGCAUGGUAUUGUAAGUGUAAGGCUGGUGCUCGUGUUGUUGGCAUGUGUGCACACAUUGCAGCCAUUCUAUGGUAUGUGGGGUAUGCACGGCACCAACCAGCGGGGCGAAUAGGUGUGCGUGAUUGGGGGGAGUUUCUGGAAGAUGCCACUUUGGUUGAUGAGUCUGAGAGUUCCAGUGAAGGCAGUGAAAUAGAAGAGUAAAACAGUUGUACCAGAGAAGAAGAUAUUGAUUGCUGAGAGAGAGAGAGAGAGAGAGAGAGAGAGAGAGAGAGAGAGAGAGAGAGAGAGAGAAGAUAUUGAUUGCAGAGAGAGAGAUAGAUUUUGUAUCAUCUUAUAAGUUGUUUUUAUUUCAAACAUCAUUAUUUCCUAUAUAUUCAACUUAUAUUUAUUUGGAAGAUUACUUCAUCUCACUUUGUGAUCAUAAGAUGAUACAAUCAAUUAUUUUUAUAUUAACAUGAGUAAUUAAAACAAUUUUCAUACUCUUAUCCAGAUCUACUUUGUCAGUUUAUCAUAAUUGUUAAGCAAGCAUUGCAAUACAUUUUACAUUUAUCAGAUGUGAUAUUUGGCAAUUUCAGUUGCUCACAUUGGGGUACAUUUUAUAUUUCAAAGAAUGCAGUCUGAUUUAAGUGAAAGAUUGGGAACCUUUACUUUGAUGUAUUUGCCAAAUAAUAUUAACUGAUUUCAUAUGAAAGACGAGAUGACUAUUGUCAUAAUUAUUGAAAACAUUUUUGCAAUGCUUGAUAACAGUAUAUAUUAUAUAUAUAUUGAAUUUAAUUCUCCAUGGAGAAUUGCACAACUUGAUAUCUAUAUUUUAGGGGAUGUUAAAAAAUAAUCCAUUAUUUCUUAGUUUGCAAACUAUGAAAUAAUGGAUUAUUUUUUAACAUGUCCUAAAAUAUAGAUAUCAAGUUGUGCAAGUUUGUAACAAGAUCACUUGACCAAUGCCUUUAGUCAUCUACAUCUACAAUAGAUGCUGAAAUAUGAUAUCAUUAUUAGGUGAAGUACAUGUAACAGGAAAGGAUAAAAUAUUCAUGAUGAUUGGCGGGUGAAAUUAUAACUGCUGCCCAUUUAUCAUCGUCGGAUACCCAAGUUAUUCAUGCCCAAUGUGCAUGUCUAUUCCCAACACUAGUUUACAUUACUUAAGUACAGUCUGCAUGACCAUCACCAGGACCGACAGUUGAACUUGCCCCAACUGUAACAUAGUAUCUGGAAUAUGGAAUCUUUUUGAUAGACUUAUCAUAAUACACAAGACAACAGUCCUAGCUUUACCAUUAAAGGUUCCUGUGUACUUGGCACAUUUAUAGUUCAUCCAUGGCAGCAAUGCUAUGCAACAUAUACAGUGUACAUAUAUCAUAUGUACAUUAAACCACAGUGGACAUAUCUUCUGGAUUGUGGGAAACAAUAUAAAAAUAAGUGUGUAUUUCAAACGAUGUAUUGAUUACCAAUCUUUAUCAGAGCGACUGCAAAUGUGAUUUCAAAGAGGAUUCAUAUUUUAUACCCCCCCCCCCUCAAUCAUGCAGUAACUUGUUGCAAAUAAGUAGGGGAUGCUAUGUAGGAGUAACGAUUACAAAUUUUACCCAAUAUAUGACACAUGCCAAACUUUAAAAAAAAAAUCCGAAAUAUAUAGGGCAUGAUUGAUCUGAUAGUGAAAAUCGCGCAAACUUUCGUAUUUCACUAGGCCUAAUUGUUAUUGAAUAAAUUCACUUACAUCAUGAUCAUUAGUUGCUUCUGCAUACUGGUUGUUCCACCAAAGUCUCGAUUACCUCUUCACUGCUAAUCUACUAUUCAUUUGCAAUGUAAUGAAUGCUACGCGAUCAGAUGCCGUAUCAGCUGCGUUCACAUGCAUCUGUUAUAGAAA